GGGAUGUUAGUUGCUGUUCCUGACAAGCGGUCGAUGAGGUUUGAUCUUUAAGUACGUGUGAUCUUUGGCUCCGUUACAUCCAACUACACCUCGUCACUCAUUAUUUUCAUCUGAUCCCAAAGCAAUAUGGCAGGCGCUAUUCAAGCCAUUGCCGCUAAAGCCAGCGUGGGGAAUCUACUCUCAAUACGUGGUAUUGCGUUUGUGCUCGCUACGCUCGUCUUGUUCCAACUCCUCCAGGGCGCCGCUCGCAUCAUCUACAAUCUGUACUUUCACCCACUCAGCAAGUAUCCUGGGCCUAAACUAUGGGCGGCCUUUGACGUCGCACGAACUAUCGGGCGUAUGGGAGGCUACAUUGACCUCCAGAUUGCCGAAGAACACCGGAAGCACGGCGACGUUGUGAGAAUUGGUGUUGACGAGCUAUCUUUCGUAGACCCAAAUGCCUGGAAGGACAUCUACGGACACGGCCAUGCCGAGUUGCGAAAGUAUUUUCCGCCCAAUGCCGUCAACCCGAACCAGAUCAUCGCCGCAGAUUCGGGAAACCACUUCCGUAUGCGACGAGCUAUGCUGCCAGCUUUUUCCGAAAGGGCGCUUUCCCAACAAGAGCCACUGAUCCGCGUGUACCUCGACCUGCUCAUACAACGUCUUUCCGAAUACGCGGAGUCUGGUCGUCCAGCGGAUAUGGUACGCUGGUACAAUCUCACUACUUUUGAUCUGAUCGCAGAUCUGUGUUUUGGAAGAUCCCUUGGUGGCUUGGAGACCGGAGAGUCAAACGGGUGGAUCGAGAAAAUUGAAAAGAUGCUAGAGAUUAUGCCAGUGAUGAUGCUAGUCACCAGCUUUCCAUUUUUGAUGACUAUCUUCAAUCUGGUAUUUGGGAGGAAAAUGCAACAGUCACGCAAAGAGCAUCAAAAUUACGCUGCGUCCCUAGCUAUGGGUCGCAUCCAGGCGAAGGAACAUGCCGACCGCGGCGACUUCAUGGAUUACAUUCUACGCUCUCGGGGCGAGGCUCAUGAAGUUACGGACGAAGAGUUGGUGCACAACGCAGAUCUCUUUAUGGUUGCAGGUUCAGAGACCACAGCAACGGUACUGCUGGGUGUCACUUACUACCUUUUGAAGACUCCUCAGGCUUAUAAAAGGGUGACAGAGGAGAUUCGUACCGCUUUCGACCGUGCAGAGGACAUCAAUUUCAAGGAAGCGAGCACACGCUUGCCGUACAUGCUGUGCUGCCUGACCGAGGCGAUGCGAAUUUUUCCAUCCAUUCCUUUGGCCCUACUGAGAAUCACAAAUGACGGUCCACCAACACCCAUAGCUGGUCACUCUAUCCCUGCUGCGACCCGUGUUGGUGUGCACCAACUUGGAGCCUAUCACUCGCCUUCUAACUUCCACGAUGCGCAAACGUUUCAUCCCGAGCGCUGGCUACCAGAAGAAUACAACAAUCCCUCGUCACCCUUCUACAAUGAUCGGCGCGAUGUUCACAAACCGUUCUCUUAUGGUCGUCGCGACUGUAUCGGACGUAACCUUGCGUACCUUGAAAUGCGCCUGAUCCUUGCUCUGCUCUUGUGGAACUUCGACUUGACACUCGGCGAGGGUAUGGAUCAAUGGCAUAUACAGAAGAUAUUUGGUCUUUGGCAAAAGCCAUCACUGCAGAUACGUCUUGAAAAGCGCGUCAGAGUUUGA